ACUUCAUUGUUUUUAUAUAUAGCGUCGAAAUUACGACAACUAAAGCUAAUUUUGAAGAUUGUUGUCUGUUUUAUCGAUAGAAAAUGAAAAUGAAUAAGUUAUUUUUUUUAAAAAGCUUGCUUUGCGUUUGUCUUAUCUUAAUCAAUAGAAGUAAAGGGUACGAUGUUCAAAUAUGUAGUGGAUGCAAAAAUUGGCUUUUUAAUAAAGUUCAAUGCUUCAAAUCAAGUGAGGAAGUGGACUGCAGCAUAUGCGGUUGUAAAUUAUCAGGUGUUCAAUGUUCUGGCAUGUGUUGUAUAGGCGGAGAAUGUGAUUUUAAAAAAGGAAUUAUGCGCUGGACCUGUCCUAAAAAUCAAAACUGCUUUAACGUCAAUUGCGCUCGAGGUUGCCGUUUAUAAAGGCUGUUUGAGGUUGCAGCAACAUGUGGAACAAAUUUUUAUUUCAUUUUAUGACAAAAUGUUUUUUUUAAGUAAAUAUAAAUAAACUUUAGUGUUAUAAAUUGUAUAAUGGUUUUAAUUUUGAUGGUUCAAUUGUUUCAAAGAAAAAGAUUAGAUACACUGGCUUUAAAUAUAUAGAUCAAUUUUUAUCUUAUUAAUACUUAAUUAAUUUUAUGCGCAGUUUGUUUGUAAUAUAAAAAAUGAUGAAAUAUAAUAUACAAUACUU